GCCUCAGCACGGGCCCCUGUAGGGACCCCCCCAGGGACGCCUAUCCUGGCCACAUUGUGCUGCACCCAUUCAGCAGGGGGACCAUGGGAUCCGAUAUCAAGGAGGAUCCCAAGAACACAUUUGCUUGGUUCUUUGAGGCUGCCUACCCCACCUCCCUGCAGGAGGCACCCCCCAUCUUGCGCCAGUUCCCUAAGGAUUUCUGUGAUCAGGAAUUAAUGCAAACGGUACCCAAAUUCUGUUUCCCUUUCGACUUGGAGAGGGCAGGCCACACUCUAGCUGCCCAGCACUUCACCUUUGUCCUCACCGAUUUAGCUGGGAGCCGAAGAUUUGGCUUCUGCCGUCUAGGUACCAGUGCCAGAAGCUGCCUCUGCAUACUCAGUGAUCUGCCCUGGUUUGAGGUUUUCUACAAAUUGCUCAACAAUGUUGGGGAUCUGUUAGCCCAGAAUCAGGUCUCUGAGGCUGAAGAACUUCUCUCUAUCUUGUAUCUACAUCCAGUACCUGGGCCAGAAGCCUCUUUGGGGCUGUCUCUGGACCGGCAGGAAGGCAAGCUGAAAAUUACCACUCACCCCAGUCCUCUGCCUCCUGCACCUGGGACCAACCAACUGCUUUCCUGCUUCAUUGCUCCAAAUUCUGGAUGCUUGCCCUCCAUCCCAGAAAAUAGGAAUCUGACUGAGUUGGUGGUGGCUGUGGCUUCAGAGAACAUCGUGGGCCUCUAUAGCUCUCUACUCAGUGAGCGUAGAGUUCUGCUCACCGCCAGCAAACUCAGCACGCUGACAGCCUGUGUUCAUGCAUCCUGUGGCUUGCUGUAUCCUAUGCAUUGGGAACACAUACUCAUCCCCACACUACCUCCCCACUUGUUGGACUAUUGCUGUGCCCCCAUGCCUUACCUCAUCGGCGUCCACACCAGCCUUAUUGAGAGGGUGCGGGACAAGGGCCUCGAGGAUGUGGUCAUCUUGAAUGUGGACACAAACACCUUGGAGUCACCAUUCCAGGAUGUGGAUACACUACCCCCUGAUGUGGUGUCUCUUCUGAGACUAAGGCUAAGAAAGGAAGCUUUGGCUGCUGGUGAUGGCGUCUCUCGACUCUUCCUGAGGGCCCAAGCUAUGCUGUUUGGUGGUUACAGAGAUGCACUGAUCUGCAAUCCUGGACAACCUAUGAAGUUCAAAGAAGAAGUUUUUGUAGCUCAGAAGCCAGGACCCUUACAGACCUUCAGACAAAGUGCCAUCCACCUCCAACUCUUCAAACAGUUCAUAGAUGAGCGCCUUGAGAAGCUGAGUUCUGGUGAAGGCUUCUCAGACCUGUUUGAACAGGAGAUCACUAGCAAUGGCCUGGCCUCGGGAAACCUGCGAUCCUAUCAGCUCUGGGCAGAUAAUCUGAAAAAAGGCGGAGGAGCCCUGUUGCAUUCUGUGAAGGCCAAAACCCAGCCAGCCGUGAGGAACAUGUACCGAUCCGCCAAGAUUGGACUCAAAGGAGUACAAAAUCGGCUAAAGUACAAGGAUAGUGACCCCUUACUGCAGAGGUGGGGUUCUCUUCGAGUCCCAACCCCAGACAACCGCUCUGAAUGUCUUCAACGUCGUCUACCCAUCACCCACCACUUUGGCCAGUCCAGGCCCCUGCGUCCCCGCCACCGAAGGUCCCAAUCCCGAACUGAGGACGAGGUACCUGGGGGAGAGGAACAAAGGGAGUCUCUGCCUGGGUUCAAGGAACCCUGGGGACAAGAUGACUUCGACAGCAACUUCCUGGGCUCAGGAGAACUGGACCUGCUUGGGGAGAUCCUUGACAACCUCAGCAUCGGGAUGUCUGGGCCUGGACAAUCCCCUGGUCUGUACCCCAGCCAUAGCUUGGACAGCUGCCACUUAGACCAGAGCAGCUGUUUCAACUUGAUACUUCAGGAGGAAGAAACUUCAAAGGAACAAUUGCUGUCCCCCAUAGUGCCUACUGCAGCUCCUCUCAGUCAGGAGUUGGAAGAACCCAAGACUUCUCAUGCCUCCAUGGAGACUGUAGCCUCCCAAAUCCCUUCCUCAAGCCAUCAGCAACUCCUGUUUGAGGAGAAAGAAUUUCAAGAGCCACAGUUGCCACCCUGUGGGACCUUUGCUGUACCUCAGUCCUCCCAAGUCUUUGUAGAGCCAGAGAUACCCAACAUCUGUGCAGAAUACAGGCCCCCUAACCCUGUGCCAGUUCCCCAGGACACUCCUAGAGGAGUACCCCCACGCCUCAGAGAGGGGGUCUCCAGUCAGCCCAGGGUAGCUCAGCUCAAAAAGCGAUUCGAGGGCUAGGGGCAAUUCCUCUGCUCAGACCAUGCUGAGAAUAAAAAAAUUCAUUAAUUUGGAUCUCC